CUUGCAAUGACAGCUGGAUAGAGAUGAGGUAGCUGGCUCAAACUUGUAGCAUCAUCUGUUUCAUUUUGACGAACUAUCAUGGCUGAGUAUCGGAAAUGGACAAUUCACCACUUGAUAGUAUUUUUACUCACAUUUUUCAGCUAUUCCUGUUUCCAUGCCACGAGGAAAGCUUUCAGUAAUAUAAAAGACUCAAUGCAGAAAGAAUGGACAAACAACUCUGUCACAUUAGACCCUCCUAAGUUAUGGGAAGACAGACACUUUUUCAAAGAUAAGCAUUCAGCCGAAAUCUUCCUUGGUGCAAUGGAUACAACAUUCCUGCUAGCAUAUGCUGUGGGUUUGUACAUCAGUGGUAUUUUGGGCGACAGGUUCAACCUGAGAAAAGUAUUGGCAUUAGGAAUGUGUUCAUCUGCAAUUAUGGUGUUCAUGUUUGGAACUGUAAGUAAGUGGAUUGGCGUUUACAACAUUUGGUAUUAUGGGAUAUUCAUGGCCCUUAAUGGUUUGUUCCAAUCCACGGGCUGGCCAUGUGUUGUUGCAGUCAUGGGAAAUUGGUUUGGAAAGUCAAGCCGUGGAAUUGUCUUUGGAAUAUGGAGUGCUAAUGCCUCUGUAGGAAACAUAAUUGGAGCUCUUCAAGUGGCAGCUGUACUGGAUUAUGGAUAUGAGUAUGCUAUGCUUGUACCAGCUGUUGUAUUAUUUGCAUUUGGUAUUUUGAUAUAUUUCUGCUUAAUACCAUCCCCAGAUGAAAUUGGAUUACCAUUACCAGAUAAUGACCAAGCCAUACGGGCAAGAACUAGUGUUUUUAAUGAACAUGUUGUUGAGCAAGAAGCAUUUGCCAAAAAUCCUGGUGAAGGCCUCUCUCAGUCAUCAUCAGCAUCAUCAUACAAUUCAGUAGGACAACCACCAAGAAAUGCUGUGAGCUUUUUACAAGCUGUCUUUUUACCUGGAGUUAUACCUUACUCAUUGUCUUAUGCCUGUUUGAAAUUGGUGAAUUAUUCUUUCUUCUUCUGGCUGCCUUAUUACUUGUCAAACAAAUUUGGCUGGAAGGACACAGUGGCAGACAAAAUUUCAACAUUUUAUGAUGUGGGAGGAAUUGUUGGUGGCAUAAUUGGAGGAUUAAUCAGUGAUCUGAUGUCAAGUCGGUCUCCAUUGGUUAUUGGAAUGCUGGUGUUGUCUGUACCAAUGCUUUUUAUUUAUGGAAAUACUGGAGGAAAUUACACGGUGAAUGCUGGCUUGAUGGCGUUACUUGGUUUUAUGGUUGGUGGCCCUGCUAACUUGAUAAGUUCUGCAAUAUCGGCUGACCUGGGAAGACAAAGUGCCCUAAGUGCCAACAGUGAAGCUUUAGCUACUGUGACAGGGAUUGUGGAUGGCACUGGAAGUGUAGGGGCUGCUAUAGGACAGUUUCUUGUUCCUGAAAUAAACACACAUAGUGGUUGGAAACCAGUGUUCUACUUUUUAAUGGUGAUGACUUUUAUGAGUUUUGUUUGCCUCAUUAUACCAAUUUUGAUAAAAAAAAUAAGGGAAAGACGAGCAACAGAUGGUUAUUAUCAAGUUUCACUGUCCAGUGACUCCGCUGAGUACCCCCCUAGCAGGCACAUCAACGGCACCUAAGCUAAUUCCUGAAUGAUGACAAGUGUUGUGUUACUGUUUCUUAAAUGAUAUUAUUGUUAGCAUAACUUUUUUUGCUGUUUUUCACUUUUAAAUGUAUCUUUUACUGUCUGAAAUGUUUACAAUUUAAUUUUUUAGUAAUUCCUGAGCCUGAUACUUUAGGUCACCAGUGAAAAUUAAAAGGGGCAAGAUUAUUUCAAAUAGAAUUAAUAUAAUUAAUAUAAUUGAUAUAACCAGGAGGUUAGCUCAAUGGAUAGAGCGCUGGACUGUUGUGCAGGAGG